UUCUCCCUGUCAACUUCAUCAUUGUCAGCGCAGCAUUCCGCAAUGGCAGAAACUACGCCAAGUCCCGCACAAGCCCCUCCCCAGGAAAAGCCAACAACCGAGAAGACUCUUUACACAAACUCUGCAAGUACAAAGAAUCAACUUACCUUGCGCCAAUGGCUCGAUACGCGGAGGAAGACUGCGAUUGAUCAUCUUGAUCUCAUGAUUUCUCCCGAGGGUCAGGAACGUGCGGGAAACGUUUUAAUAUCGCCAGAAGCCGACGUGGAACUCGUAGGACGAAUUGCCAACCAGGUCUCGCUCUUGCAAAACGUUGAGGAAUUAUCAGCGAUUCUCUGCGAUUUACGUGGGAGGGCUUGGGAGCGAAUCAAGCGUGGAGUAAAAAUCGCCUAUGGCUUUUGUUUUGUAUCGAUCUUUAUUAAUCCGAACUUCCUCGGUCUAAAGUUUUUUCCUGACAGCGAUAAAGGUGAAUGGCUAUUGGUAUGCGUGAGUAUUUCACAGAUGGCAUCAAUUUUGUACAUAAUUUUCGGUGUCUUUGUUUGGGGUUUGAUUGUAUCGCGCCAGCGGAAGGUUCAGCGAUUUCACCAUAAGUCAAAGCAUGGCGGCUUGUUGGACUUCAACCGGCGAGACUUUUAUGGGUGGCCGUGGAGUUUCUUAAGUAUUGUAGGCUAG